GCGGCUCGCUCCCGCGGAGGAGUGGGACCUCCUGACAGUUGGACGAUCUUCAGCGUGUCAACAUUAGAGAAAUGAACAGCAGACAGGUCUAAACGCGCUAACUACCGCGUGUGUCAGCGGCCUCUUUAGGUGAACACCUCGAGGAGCAGCGCAGACGGCCGGCUGGUGAGGAAAUUUAUCUUUAAAAAAGAACCGUAAUUAGCAGCAGCAGCGGCGGCAGCAGGAGGAGGAGGAAUAGGAGGAGUCCUAAAUCUGAUAUGCUGAUAGAGGAGUAUCAACCCCACUGAUGGAAACCCAGAGUAAGAGCUCUGGGGACGAUGGCAGCGGCGGCGAGCGAGGACUGCUCCACUCUUGGAAGGGCUACUCUUACAGCGUCACCCCAGAGAGGCUGCUCCUCCCCCGGCCGGUCCUCCAGGUUGCUCUGGGUUCGCAGCAUGGCGUUCUCCUGGUGGAAGGGGGACAGGUGUACAGCUUCGGCGAGUUGCCGUGGAAGCAGAGUCAAGUGCCAGAGCCAACCAAACCGACCCUGGAGAGCGCGCUCAGUGGGCAGCGGGUGGUCACAGUGGCAGCCGGAAGCUUUCACAGCGGGGCAGUGACGGAGGAUGGCGGCAUCCACAUGUGGGGGGAGAACAGUGCGGGACAGUGUGGCUUGUCGGGCCUCAGCACUGUUCCCAACCCGACUCCCGUCGCGCUGCAGGACUUGGACACUGUCACUGUCCCCCCGCAGAUGGCGCCAGUGCUGGAGCUGGCUUGUGGGGAGAAGCACACCCUGGCUCUGUCGGUGCAGCGUGAGGUGUGGGCGUGGGGCAGCGGUUGCCAGCUGGGCCUCAACGCCGCCGUCUUCCCUGUGUGGAAGCCUCAGAAGGUGGAGCACCUGGCGGGUCGGUAUGUUUUACAGGUGGCCUGCGGGGCAUCUCACAGCCUCGCUCUGGUGCGCUGCCUGGGGUCUUACGAUGGCCACCGGCCUCAUGUGGACAAAUGUGGGAGGUGUAACGAACUGCUCUACACCAUGACAGACAAAGAGGACCACGUCAUCAUCUCUGACAGCCACUACUGCCCGCUUGGCGUGGAGCUGACCGAGGAUGACGGCAAGCUGGAGGCUCCCACUCCCACCACAGGUCUCAAAACAUCCCCAUCAGAGCCUGUCCUCCCUUCCUACACCUCAAAGUCAGAGUCCCUGGCAGCGACUACAGAUGCUGACCCCACCUCUGACCCCUCCCAACCUCAGGCCUCUGAGGAAGGGAAAGCAUCUUUGGUUAAUGGGGUGCUCCAGGCCUCAGACUCAGACACCUCGGCUCUAUCUGGAGGUGAGAGUGAUGCUGUUGCCGGGGCCAAGAGCUCACCGUAUCCAGACGAGCAAGCCGUGAAGGACUACCUGAAGAAGCUGUCCGACAACACGCAGACGGACACAAAGGCGAGCGGAGGGCUGAACGCUCUGCUGCCCUCACCUGGAGGACUGAUCUCCUCCACGCCCACCUCGGCACUCAACAACCUGGUUGCCUCCUGCGCCUCUGCAGUGGGCGAGCGGGUGGCCUCCACCUACGAGGCCCUGUCCCUGAAAAAGAUGAUGAACUUCUACCUCCCCUCAGGGGCCUCGCGGUCAGGAGGAUCCCCUGGAGUGGUCGAUAACUCUGCUGAGCGUGUCCGCCAGGAGGACUCUAUGCAGGGGAAGAAGAGCUCCAGCACAGGGGACAUCCGUGAAGAGGAGGCAGAGGGUCUGCGGCGCCGCCUAUCACUGCCAGGGCUGCUCUCACAGGGUAGAUACGCUGUUCACCUCUUAUCCUCCUCCUAUGGCCUGUUGCUGUCACCGCGACUGCUAAGGAAAGCCGGUCGUCCCAAAAUGCGAGCUGUCGCCCUCACCCCUCUGGGAGGGGCCGUCCCCGAGGACCAUCAGGUGCUGCCCACCCUGCAGACAGAGGUGUGGAGCUGGGGCCAUGGCGAGCACGGGCAGCUGGGACACGGAGACAACCUGGCCAGACUGCAGCCGCUCUGCAUCAAGAGUCUGAACAACAAGGAGGUGGUGCGGGUGGCGGCCGGCGCUCACCAUUCCCUCGCGCUGACGGCUCAGUCUCAGGUGUUUUCAUGGGGCAGUAACAGCUCCGGUCAGCUGGGACACAUGGAGUCACCGAGCACCGUCCCCCGCCUCGCCAAGCUGUCAGAGGGGAUCCGAGUGUGGGACGUGAGCGCGGGAGAGAGGCACACCCUGCUGCUCGCAGAUGGAGACUGCAUCCAGCCCAUCAUUUACUACAGCGGGCAGCAGGUGAAGGAGGGUGAGGAGGAGGGGGGUAAUGAGAAGGCGCUCCAUCAGCAGGGAGGAGGAGAGGAGGAAGAGGAGGAGCAGGCGGGGGGCUACACCCAGCAGCCUGUUUUGCUGCCCUUCUGCAUGAAUCUUGGUUAUGUGAGCAGUGUGUUCGCGGGUGGGCGGCGGUGCGUGGCGCUCUCUGACAGGAAUGUGAUGGGCUUCAUCGCCAGCCUCCACGAGCUCGCGUCAGCUGAGAGGAGGUUUUACUGCAAGCUGUGUAAUGUCAAGUCUCAGAUCUUACGCCCCCUGCUGGAGCUGGAGUCUCUGAGCUCGGCCCUCGGGCAGGUCAUCUUCGGCCUCCUGCAGACGCUGGCGAGCAGGUUUGGCCGGCUGUGUCACCUGACUGGGCAGCACGCCACCAGCCUCACUGCCAACCUGCGGCGUGGUCGUGAGGUCAAAAGCCUUCUCAUCCUGGAGCACACCAGUAUUUUCCUCGACUGUUACCAUGAUUACUGCAGCGCCGUCGGAAACUUCCAGGUGAUGGGAGGCUUCCAGGCUCUGACCAAACCAUCCGUAGACUUGUUUGGGAAAAGUCCGGAGCUGCUCCAGAAGCUGUCAGAGUGCAGCGAGGAGAACCUCACCACGGCCGACCUCCUGGUGGUGCUCUUCUACCUCCCUUCACGCCACCUUCACGAAUACAGCCGGCUGCUGCUCAAACUGGCCACCUGCUUCGAAGUGGUAGGUGGAAGAAACACGAGCAGCAGCGCAUGUGACCUCAAAUGUUCCACUGAGUACCAGAAGCUUCAGGACAGCUGCUCUAAGUUUGAAGCUUCAGUCCUGCAACUGAAGCGAAAAAAGAAAGAGGCCGACUACACCGUUCACUUCUGGAAGAUCUUUCCUGGAAAAAUGACGGACUCUCUGCGGAAGCCUUACCGGCGGCUGAUCUGCGAGAGCAGCAACAAAAGUCUGACCCUACAGAAUGCCGGCAGGUUCUCCGUCAACUGGUUCAUCCUGUUCAACGAUGUUUUGGUCCACGCACAGGGCGUGGCGCCUUGUAAAAAUCUUUUCUCCACCCAUCACAUCUUCCCUUUGGCCACGCUGUGGGUGGAGCCGAUCCCAGAGGAGGACACGGGCCUGUAUGGGUUAAAGGUGAUCACUCCUGAGGAGACGCUCACCCUGCUCGCCUCGUCUCCCAUGGAGAAGGCCAAGUGGCUUCGCUCCAUCAACCAGGCGGUGGACAAGGCCCUGAGCGGAAAGGGACAGGACGCGGCGUCAGGCAGCUCGGUGCAGAAGUUGGAGCCUCCCAUCUCCAGAACGGCUUCGUACACGUUUUAUAAGGAGGGGCGACUGAAGGAUGCGACAUAUGAUGGUCGCUGGCUGUCUGGAAAGCCCAAUGGCAGAGGUGUUUUGAAAUGGCCUGAUGGGAGAAUAUAUACUGGGGCAUUCAAGAAUGGACUAGAAGAUGGCUUUGGUGAGUUUGUGGCCCCCAAUAAGACGCUGAACAAGAACGACCACUAUCAAGGUUACUGGAAGGAUGGCAAGAUGCACGGCCUGGGCACAUACAGGUAUGCCAGCGGUGAAGUUUAUGACGGGUCCUUUCAGGAGGGCGUGCGGCACGGUCACGGCAUGCUGCGCAGUGGCAAGCUGAAUACCUCGUCCCCCAGCGUCUUCAUUGGCCAGUGGCUGCAGGACAAGAAGACCGGCUAUGGAGUGUUUGACGAUAUCACCAAAGGAGAGAAGUACAUGGGCAUGUGGCAGGACCAUCAGCGGCAGGGCACCGGAGUGGUGGUCACCCAGUUUGGCCUGUACUAUGAAGGAGCUUUUAAAGACAACAAGAUGAUGGGCACCGGUGUCCUUCUGUCAGAGGACGACACGACGUACGAGGGCGAAUUCUCAGAUGACUGGACCCUCAGUGGAAAGGGCGUGCUGACCAUGGCCAAUGGUGACUACCUGGAGGGCUCCUUCAAUGGCGAAUGGGGCUCUGGUCUCAAAGUGACGGGCUCCUACUUUAAACCACACCUGUUCGACACCGAGAAGGACAAGACCCAAGCCAUGAAGCUGGGUCGUCUGUGUGUGUGCGCCGAGGAUAAGUGGCAGGCGGUUUUUGAGGAGUGUUGGAGUCAGCUGGGAUGUGAGGCUCCAGGCCAAGGGGAGCCCGAAAAGGCCUGGGAGAACAUUGCUGUGGCCCUCACCACCAGCCGGCGACACAUCCUGGACAGUCCAGAGAUUUUGUCUCGAUCUCACAACAAAACGCUGGAGAGUCUGGAAGUCAUCCCACAGCACGUAGGGCCGAUCACCAUGGAGAGAUACAACGCCAUCCGCCUCUACCUAAUCAAGGCGUGUGACACUCCGCUGCACCCUCUGGGUCGGCUGCUGGAGACCCUGGUGGCGGUCUACAGGAUGACCUACGUGGGUGUCGGCGCCAACCGUCGGCUCCUGCAUCAGGCCGUCAGCGAGAUUAAGUCUUACCUCAACCGCAUCUUCCUGAUUGUCAGAUUUCUAUUCCCAGACCUGCCAGAAGAGGGCGGUCUAAUCCCAGAGCCGACCACCGACCUGCAGGAGAAGAAUGAGCCCGAUUCCACUGAUGCCCCGCCGGAGUCGCCCAAACCUGCCCGCGUGGUGAGCAGCUCGGCUCUGCUGCUUCCUGUCCUUCUGCCCCGUCUCUACCCACCGCUCUUCACCCUCUAUGCCCUGGACAAGGAGAGAGAGGACGACGUGUACUGGGAGUGCGUCCUGCGUCUCAACAAGCAGCCCGACCUCGCCCUGCUCGCCUUCCUGGGCGUCCAGCAAAAGUUUUGGCCCGUUUCCAUCCGGACAUCUUUGCCUGCGCCGGGCGAGAAGCAACAGGUCAUCUCCAGCACCAAAGACGCCUGCUUUGCUUCUGCAGUGGAAACACUACAGCAGAUCAGCACAACUUUCACGCCAUCAGACAAGCUGCAGGUGAUCCAGCUAACUUUUGAGGAGAUCACACAGGAAGUCCAGGCGCUUCUGAACCAGGACUUCCUGUGGUCCAUGGACGACCUCUUCCCCGUCUUCCUCUAUGUGGUACUACGAGCGCGUAUCAGGAACCUCGGUUCUGAGGUCAGUCUGAUCGAAGACCUGAUGGACCUCUGCGUCCAGCACGGAGAACACGGCAUCAUGUUCACCACCCUCAAGGCCUGCUACUACCAGAUCCAGCAUGAGAAGAUCACUUAAGACGAGACCGCUGCUACGUCCUCGGUGACCUUCAUGCUGCUGCUCCUCCACUCCCCUCCUCUCAACUCCAGUAGCCAGGCAUGAGGAUGACUGACAGGGAGGAGGAGGGGUCAUAAGAACAGGUCGUCGAAUGCUGCUUGGACACAUCCCGUCACAGACCCUCCCUCCCUGAAACACUCAUCAUCCACAGGUGAUGAAGGUAGAAAUGUGGCCGUGAUGACAGACACAAGCACAGUCGCACCAUCCAUGUGGGUGGAGUUGGGAAAUAAAGAUGACUGUUGUUAAAUCACCUUCAGCAGGGAGGGAGUGCAAAGUUUGUCUGUGGGAUACCGGACCUCAUUUUUUUUCUCCUUAAAAUUUUUAAUGUUUAAAAAAAAACAGUAAAUCUGGAAACAUGAAUUAUUUUCAGUGAAAGCAACACGAAGAGGAAGUACCUCCAUAAACUGUGGAUUCAUGAACUUUAUAAUCUGAGAUGGAUGCCUACAGUUAGUGGCUGUUAUGCACUGCAGGGGGGGAGACGGUCCUGAAGGAAUUUUUUUUUUUUUUUUUUUUUUUUUUUUUUUUUUUUUUUUUUUUGCAAGUAAAACUGACACUCGUUCAAAGUUUCUUUAGAGAGAAUUUAUCUGGCCGAGCUGACAGCCCCUUUUCAUACUGUAUUUAAAGAAAGAACGUGUUACAGCAUCAGUGAACGGACCCAAAUCUAAACAGUUGCUUAUAAAGAUUUUUUUAUUUCUUCAUUUGAAGCACAAGCUUCGGCCGGAUUGUUGACUUGAAAGCGUACUCACACGUCCUCUGAACACAACCUCAGACUGUUACGUUUAAAAUGCGUAUCCUUCCUCUGGCCUUUAGUGCCUACAUUAUUUUGGUGUCUGUUUUUUGGGGGGGAUAUCAGCUGUAGAGAUGCUCAACUUGUGGUGCUCAAAGCAGCAAAGCAAAUGCGUUUAAAUAUCUUGUAAGUAAGACUGAAAAACCUUUUGUUUCACCUCAUCUCGCCUCGCAUCACUGUCACUCACAGCAGCUGCUGACUUGAUGAGGAUUUAGUCGCUUUUCAUGCCAUUUAGCAGCUUUUUCUCUCUUUUUCCUGCUGCAAGCACAGCGUGCUCCUUCUGAGUGAGCAAGCCGUGAGGUUUCACAGAGCGGCAGCUGGGGCGCACAGUGUGAUAAGCAACACUUUCCCACAGUUCUAAAGCACAAAAAGUGGUAUCUAAUGUAAAAUCAAAAGCGACUUCACCACCACUUUGGAGUCUUUGGCUCAAUUAGAGAAGCAAAUUUGCGAUCAUGUGGGUCUUUACCUCUCUGUGAUCUGAAAAUACCUGAACUCCUUUUCUGACAUAUCAUUAAAAAAGAUGCUGAAAAGACUUUCUGGAAAAAGCUUAAUUUACUUCCUGCUUCUGCUAACACCAGCAUGUUACUGGUUACAGAGCCGUCACUUUAAUCGCCUACACAACAGGUUCUGUUACCAUUAACGAGGCUCCAGAAACGAUGUCUAUUUUUAGAAAUCAUGAUCUGGUUAUUUUUAAAAAAAGGUGGAACUAUUUUCUUUGACCACCUGCAGACCGAACAAGCUAACAUUAGAGCUCAGCCAAGCGGCCGCCGUCCAUGUUUAUAUCCCGUCACAUGAUGCUUCUUUCUGCACAGGGAUCCAUUUCCAGGUGUACUGGGAGCAGUGGUGGUUGGAAGAACAUAGUUCCUGUAGUCUAGAAAUUGAUGAUGAGUUUUCAAGACUUUUCUUAAUGCCUUGAGCACCACAAGGCGUGCAGUGCCACCUGGUUUAUUGUUUUAUGUUCGUAAGAUUAAAGAGAAGACUCAUACCUUCAGAGGAAACAAUAAUAAACAACCAGCACUGCAGGCCAGAGGAAAAAUGUUUGUUUUUUUUGUUUGUUUGUUUUUUUAAGAUGAGCUAUUCAUUAUUCAGUCCACAGAAAUGUCUUUUCAUUGACAGCGUUUUGCAGGAGGUGUCUUUGGUUUGUAUUUCUGAGCCCAGUGUUCACACAGACAGUUUUACCACACAGCAAGGAGGUGGUAGGAGGUGGAAAUUUGGCGCUUUUGGAGAACCUGUGUUGCUCUUUAUUACAGUCUUAUUACACACUAAUAAAAUAACUCUUUGAAUCUUUAAUCUUAGGAGUUGAGGACAAGAUGUGGGGGGGGGGGGGUUGUUGUUGUUUUUUUUUUUUUAAAUGUUAUUCCCAAAAAAGCUGAAAAUUCCUUCUACUUUUUAGAGAUAAAAGUUUUGUUGUGUUGUUUUGUUUUGUUUUGUUUUUUUUACAGUAUAAUGACCGUUGUGCAAUUCACUUACGUUGUAUUAGUGCUACCUAACAGCUUGUUUCCAUUCUUUCUUGCCACCUGUGAAGCUUUCUCGUUCAUCACUGCUUCAUUUUGAGCAACUAGCCAUCCACUUGCUCACUCUGCGGUUACACUGAGAUAAAAAUCUUUUUAGCUUUAUGCAAAUCAGCAGUGUCUGUAACCUUUACCUAAUGUGAAGACAUAUUUAGCAUCUCCUUUGUUCGUUUCUUGUUUGAAAUGUUUGCAGAAACUCAUUUUGCUGGAUUGUUUGUAGAAAUCGUCCUUUAGCAGCAUGCAGAGACUUUUGACUUGUAUGCUGCAGGAAGCUGCAAAUAUCCUGACAGUGUUUCUAUUAAUCACAUGGAGGCAGGUCACACAGCCAAGGAAGGAAACUAACCACCAGCUAAAGGUCUAAGCCUCACUGAUCUGCAAAAUAAUCAAUGCAAGCGGUCCAAUGUGAAUUCUGAUUUAAUCAAAAGAAGAACAGAAAUGUGCAUUUUGCCUUUUGCGAGUGAUGUCUGAGCCGAGAAGCGGGCAGCUUUAAUGUUGCUGUUAUAGAUAUAAUAGAGUUCAAAGCUCCACACCAUCUGCUAAUGCUGCUCCUUUUUCCCCCCCAACCAUCAGGCACUGUUGCUUACUUGUGAUCUGCGUCACACAUGCCACUUUAAAAAAGGGAUUAAGAGGGGAUUCUUUCUUUUGUUGCUGUUCAUGCCCUGGUCUGAUAGUUUCGACAAUAGAAAAGGCAGUAGAUCAGAGGUGAAGCCGCUGCUCUCGCCCUGCAGGAUAUUCGAAAAUCAAGCAGAAAAUUGUUUGUCAGAGGUUGUAAAAUUUAAACCUGCUCAUGUGAACUUCUUAUACUGUUGAACCUAAACUGAUAUGUGGUGAUGUUGCUGCUUGUAUCUGAGGUAAAGUGUUGUCCCCACACGUGCAGUAAAAAUCAUUUUAUAAUCUUCCGUCUGUGUUCAUGAGCCCAAAUGUGCCCGAUCCUCGUGGAAAUGAAGCAGUAUUGUCUUUUUUUCCCCCCCGAGUUCACUGAGUUCAUCCCUAGAAUGCAUCCUACAUACUUUAGCCUUUGGGUUUAACAUUUAUUUGAUGUUUAAGCCAGGUUCUGUUCUUAUUUCACUGACUAGAGAAGGCGCCCUCGGGUGUUCCUCAGCAUCAUCUCUUGUAUAUUUUAUUUAGCUUAAAAUUGAAGGCUGACAUGAUUCACUGCUGGCUAUGAAAACUGUUUUUCCUGACAGCGACGCGGCUGACUUUGAAACCAGAUUAUUGAUGAUGUGGUUGUUCGCACACUGACUGACUUUAUUCAGUCCAGACUGAGUAUUUUUGUGCUGAGUGUAAACUGAAGGAAGCGCUGAUGUUUUAAAUCCUGCAACUGGUUAAGCAACUGCACCUCACUGUGUGUAACAACGGCUGUUUGUCAAUGGAGUUUGGUGUUUCCUCGCUGUCUCGAGGCCCACCUGUGUCUUUUGCACGAUGUCAAACUUGUUGUACUUUUAGUUGAUAACAAAGGGCAAUAAAAUAAUUUUGGUGGAGAUCCAC